AUGAUACGUUCCCUCUCAUUUCAUUUACAUCAGCCGCGGCAAUUCAGCAUGCAAUCUGUACCAAUCCCUACCAUAACGGACGAUGAGCUCUUGAUCAAGGGCAUAUGUGGAACCGACGGGCAUGUGCAUGAGGGAGAAUUCAUCGCGAAGUUUCCUCUAAUCCCUGGUCACGAAGUAAUUGGGACGGUUGCCAAAGUCGGCAGUAACGUCACAGGAUUCGCUGAAGGUGACCGAUGCGUUGCUGACCCAGGGGUUACAUGCGAUACGUGUUUCUAUUGCAGACGGGGACAGUCUCUGCUAUGUGAGAACUUCAACGGCAAAGGAGUUUCAAUGGCAGGAGGAUUUGCUGAGUAUGCCGUAUUCGAGGCUAAGAAAACUUACAAGAUCGAGCACCUCACCGAUGAAGAAGCGACACUUGUCGAACCUGCUGCUUGCGCCAUUCACGGGAUGGAUAAGCUCAACGCACCCGUAGGCAUUGAUGCCUUGGUAAUUGGUGCUGGCCCUACCGGGCUGAUUCUCGCACAACUGCUCAAACUGAACGGUGCCGCCAAUGUUGUGAUUGCUGCCAACAAGGGUAUUAAGACCCAGAUUGCACAGGAUCUAGGGGCCGGUGACGUGUAUGUUGAGCUUGAUAGGGAAAAUCCUGCACCUCAGUGGGAACAACUAAGGAGGAACCAUCCAUAUGGAUUCGAUGUGGUCGUUGAGGCUACUGGCAAUGAAGAGGUUGCGAACGACUCCAUUAAUUACGUCCGACGGGGCGGAACUCUCAUGAUCUACGGCGUCUACUCUGAUAGCGCUCGUGUCCACUGGCCUCCUUCCAAGAUAUUUGGGGAUGAAAUUAAGAUCAUUGGCUCAUUUGCUCAGACUCAUUGUUUCCCUCGAGCCAUAGCGUACCUUGACAGUGGUAAAGUGAAAGUAAAGGGCAUGGUCACUGACGUGUUCAAGAUCAGCGAAUAUCAGCAGGCACUUGAUAAAAUGAACAGCAGAACCGCUUUAAAGAUUGCACUGAAACCGUAA